GUUCACUUUGUUAAUUGUGUAUUGAGAAACAGAUUUCGAAAUUCAUUUUCAAAGAAACAUUUUAUUAAAAUUCUUUUUUGUAUUUCAUCUACCUAAUAAUUCUAUGAAAAAGAGCUGCUUUUUUUAAAAAGCGGAUAUUUUGACGUGAGAAUUUUUGAUUGAUAAUUAAGGUGCUCUUCCGAUUUGAAGUCAAACUAAGUCAUAAAAGUUACCGCCAACGGCCGCUGAACUUGAGUUGUAAUCAAAACUUUAUACAUCAAAAAUCCGCUUUGAGGAAUGAGUUUCAAAUAUAAAAUGGGCGAGAUAUGCAAAAUAUUUCAACAGUUCAACGUCAGAUGAGCCGGUGAGUGAAAGAAGCGUGAUGAGCUAAAAGAGGAAGACGUCCCUCGAUAUCCUUUUCGUAGCAGCUCCAUCAGCAGAAACUUACGGAAUUUCUUAUUGCAACGAAGCGUAUUUCGGUGCUCAACAACCACAUACGUACAACGUCCAUAACGAGGUAGGCACCACCACCUAUCGCCAUUUUAGCUGCUACCAUUCAUCACCGAUGGUUUUGGCGCUCGCGUUGAUCCUGCUGCUGUCACUUGCCAACACGUCACAAGCGCGUCGUUCGCAAAAACGUCUCAUCAUACAUGUACCGUUCCGGAUUAAAACGCACCACCACACACAUACGGUCUAUGCACAUAUACGCAGCGCCGCCAGUGGUGGCACCGGCAGCGGGCACAAGGCGAGUGGCGCCAAACAACAGACAAUCUAUAAAAUCCUUAGCUUUGCCAUGCAGGGCAACGGCUAUGGUGGACCGACUGGUCACGGAGGACACAGUGGACACGGACAAGUCGCGCAUAAGAGCGGGCAUGAUGGUAAUCAUGGCGGCGGUGUUGAGGGUGACUAUGAGCCCGAAAUUACGCCCGUCGCACAUGAGCACCACAGUCAAAGCGCCGUUAUGUAUGAUGAUUUUCAUGGUGGUGACGGUGAGCACGGUGAACGCGCGGGCAGAUGUAGCGAUGGUCCACAUGGCUAUGGCGAUAUGCUGUUCAAUCAUUUUGCGCGCAGCAGCGAUGAAAGCAAUGAAAGCGACGAAUUUCCGGAAGUGGAGGAAUAUGUUGAUGAGGACGAGCAAGGCUUUGAAUGGGAAUGAGUUCGUUUCUUUAUUUGACUUAUAACUUUAUGAAUAGUUUUUAAACUUUUUGAGUGUUUUUUUUUUUACAUAUUUGCAAUAAACUGUUUUAAUGAUGCUUUGGUGUUA